AUGGCACCCUCAAUUUCCACUUUCAUUACGGUAGUAGCAUGGGCUACCUGUACCUUGCUCUUUGAAAAAUAUCAUGCAGUUGAGUUAGCGGCAACAUCUGAAUCAUCUGCUGCUCUACAACUUGAAAGGAAUGCUCUGCUUCAUACUGGGUGGUGGUCGAGUAAUCAAACUGGCAAUAACUCAGGUCAUUGCCAGUGGGAUGGUAUUGACUGCAAUGCACGUGGAAAUGUCAUAGCGAUUCACAGAACAUACGCCUCUUUAGGAGGUAAGUUGAAACUCAACUUCUCUUCCUUCCCAAAUCUAGUCCGUCUUGAUCUUGUUGGAAACGAAUUUCAAGGGAGCAUCCCCUUUGAAAUAGGUACCCUAUCAAAACUCUCCCACCUCCAUCUGGGCUUCAAUAAUCUUAUAGGUGAAAUACCUCUAUCUAUUGGCAAUCUAAAGAACUUGGUUUCCUUGUCCCUCGAGAAUAAUCGCUUUACUGGUCAAAUCCCUUCGUCUAUAGGCUGUUUAACUAAUUUGAGUUAUUUGUCACUCAGUUGGAACCAAAUUAAUGGUUCCAUCCCCAUGGAAAUAGGAAACUUGAAGUCUUUGAAAAGUCUGCAUCUCGCCUCUAACAAUCUUACUGGUCCAAUCCCCACCAGUCUAGGCGAUUGCUAUGCCUUGACAGAGUUGUCAUUGAGCCGCAACUAUUUAGAUGGAAGCAUUCCCCAUCAUAUCAUUGACCUUUAUUGGCUAGAUAGCAUUGAUGUUAGUCAUAAUUUUCUCAGUGGCGAGAUUUCUGUUGAACUUGGGCGUGCAAGCUCCUUAUCAAUCUUGGACUUCAGCUUCAAUAAACUUACCGGUAGCAUUCCUCCUCAUUUCAGUUUUAUAAAAGAAGUCAACUUGUCAUACAAUUCUUUGAAGGGUCAAAUUCCAGUUGACUAUGGUUGGUAUUAUGAUCGGUAUCAUACACCAGACACAUUAAUUGGCAAUGAGGAUUUAUGCGGCCAAUCAAUGGGUUUCCCUCCUUGCCCUCCAGCUAGGAACAAUUCGGUCGGACGCACAGUAAAAAUUAUGGUUCCCAUCGCCAUGUUUAUUGGAUUCUUUGUACUUUGGUGCUUUCUCUUGUUAAAAUGUGUAGUUAAGAAAACUCUACCCGAGUCAACAAAAGCAAAGAAUGGAGAUUUGUUCUCGAUAUGGAAUUACGACGGCCAUAUUGCAUAUGAAGACGUCAUUAGAGCAACCGAGGACUUCGACAUUAAACAUUGUAUCGGAACCGGUGGUUAUGGUAGUGUUUACAGAGCAGAACUACCUAAUGGUAAAGUGGUUGCCUUGAAGAAGCUUCAUCGUCUAGAGGCGGAGAACCCCACUUUUGAUACGAGUUUCAGGAAUGAGGUAAAGGUGUUAACAAAGAUUCGACAUCGAAAUAUUAUAAAGUUUCACGGGUUCUGCUUGCAUAAACGCUGCAUGUUUUUGAUUUACGAGUACAUAGAAAGGGGAAGCCUUUUUUGGGUCCUAAACACCCAUGUUGAAGCUGUGCAACUAGAUUGGCGUAAGAGGAUGAACAUCAUCAAAGGCAUAGCAGAUGCUUUAUAUUAUAUGCAUCAUGAAUGCAUUCCGGUAAUUGUUCAUCGAGAUAUAUCGAGCAAUAAUAUCCUGUUGAAUUCUAAAUUGGAGGCUUUUGUCUCUGACUUCGGCACUGCUAAACUCCUCGAUUCUGAUUCUUCCAAUCAAACAUUAAUCGUUGGCACUUAUGGCUAUGUUGCCCCAGAGUUGGCAUAUACGAUGAUAGUUACUGAAAAAUGCGAUGUUUAUAGCUUUGGAAUGGUUGUUCUAGAAAUAUUAAUGGGAAAACAUCCAGGAGAAUUUCUGAAUUCAUUAUCAUCUUCACAUUCUCAAGACGUCAUGCUAAAUGAACUAUUAGAUCAUCGUCCACCACCUUUCAAUCAUCUGGUUGCACAUGAUAUUUUCCUUGUUGCUAUGAUAGCGUUUGCAUGCCUGCGCACCAAACCAAAGUCUCGCCCAACAAUGAAAUGUGUGUUCCGAGAACUUCUUUCUCGCAAGAAGCCAAUAGCCAAGCCCUUGCAUACAAUUUCAAUCUGGCAGCUCAGGAAUCAGGAAACAUAUCUUGUUGGAGAGAGUGAAACUCAGUCAUGA